AUCACCGACUUUCACCAUUUGGGAGAAGAAAACAAAAAAGAAGUGAUGUUUUGGAAACAGAGGGUCAAAACCAGAAUUCUGGAAACAGAUGAGAGAGAUCCAAAAACUCUCGAGAAUCGGAGAGAAAGAAGAUAUUGCAUGGUUAGGAAAUUUCUAUUAUCAUUCUUUAUGGUGCACGAUUUUCGGGUCUGAAUCGAGCUCCGGUAACUCUGUUCUGCUGCCAAGGAUCUCGUGGUCGACACCGACCUGUAUUGUAUAUUAUAAAAAGAUCAGACUACAUAAUCUGCAGAUAGCGCCACCCUGUGGUGAUGAUGAUCCUGAAUGGGUAAAAAGGAUGAGAUCAGAUGGUCCUGUUCCAUAUCUUCAUCCUGAAAAUUGUUCCUCUGGUUGGGCGUCUCCAUCUGGGGAUAUUUUCAAGGUGAGAGGCCCAGAGUACUUCUCAAAUAAAGUCAAAAUUCCGGGGGGUGAAUAUCUUCUGAAGCCUCUAGGUUUUGAUUGGAUCAGAGGUCCUUCAAAACUUUCUGAGCUCUUGAAAAAUCCCAAAAACCGUAUUAGGAUGGCUCUUCAGGAAGAAUUUCCCUCGGAUGUGAAGCCUUUUGUUUGGGCUUUCAACUUGCAAGUUCCUUCUAAGGAAAACUACAGUGCUGUUGCAUACUUUGUUGCUGUGGGGUCCAUCGUGGAGGGAUCAUUGAUGGAUCAGUUCAUGAAAGGAGAUCUUGAAUUUAGAACUUCGAGACUAAAAUUGGUAGCCAAUAUUUUACAAGGACCUUGGAUUGUAAAAAAAGCAGUUGGAGAGCAGGCUAUUUGUGUAAUUGGGCGGGCACUUAAUUGUAAUUAUUGUGUUGGAGACAAUUUCAUAGAAAUAGAUAUAGAUAUUGGAUCCUCUGUGGUUGCAAAUGCAAUUGUUCAUCUUGCAUUCAGUUUUUUAACAAAGCUCACUGUUGAUUUAGCUUUUCUCAUUGAGGGCCAGACUGAAUCAGAACUUCCAGAACGACUUCUUGGAGCUAUAAGAUUCUCUGAGCUGAAACCCGAUUCAGCAAUUGCAGUUGAAAUCCCACCUCAGCGGAAAUUGGAAAGGACAAAAUCAUCAUUUGCACGGUUAUGGAAGUCAGUUGGAAAUAGUUUGUCCCGAUUGCGUAAGGGUGAUCAAGAAAGUGACACCAGUUCUGGUACUUCUGGAGAAUCACAUACCAAUGGGGUUGUCGAUGGAGAGAAAAGUGAUGACAUACAUGCUCAAGAACGUGGUGCUAGUUCUGGAGAGUCACAUACCAAUGGGGUUGUUGCUGGAGAGAAAAGUGAUGAAAUGCGUGCUCAAGAAAGUGGUGCUAGUUCUGGAGAAUCACAUGUGAAUGGGGUUGUCGAUGGAGAGAAAAGUGAUAAAAUGCCUGAUCAAGAAAGUGGCGCAAGUUCUGGAGAAUCAAAUACCAAUGGGGUUGUUGGUGAAGAGAAAAGUGAUGAAAUGCCUGCUCAAGAAAGUGGAGCUAGUUCUGGAGAAUCACAUACCAAUGUGGUUGUCGGUGAAGAGAAAAGUGAUGAAAAGCCUGCUCAAGAAAGUGGCGCUAGUUCUGGAGAAUCACAUACCAAUGUGGUUGUUGAUGGAGAGAAAAGUGAUGAAAAGCCUGCUCAAGAAAGUGGCGCUAGUUCUGGAGAAUCACAUACCAAUGUGGUUGUUGAUGGAGAGAAAAAUGAUGAAAUGCCUGCUCAAGAAAGUGGUGCUAGUUCUGGAGAAUCACAUACCGAUGUGGUUGUUGAUGGAGAGAAAAAUAAUGAAAUGCCUGCUCAAGAAAGUGGUGCUAGUUCUGGAGAAUCACAUACCAAUGUGGUUGUCGAUGAAGAGAAAAGCCAUGAAAUGCCUGCUCAAGAAAGUGGUGCUAGUUCUGGAGAAUCACAUACCAAUGCAGUGAUUGAUGGAGAGAAAAGUGAUGAAAUGCCUGCUCAAGAAAGUGGUGCUAGUUCUGGAGAAUCACAUACCAAUGUGGUUGCCGAUGAAGAGAAAAGUGAUGAAAUGCCUGCUCAAGAAAGUGGUGCUAGUUCUGGAGAAUCGCAUACCAAUGUGGUUGCCGAUGAAGAGAAAAGUCAUGAAAUGCCUGCUCAAGAAAGUGGUGCUAGUUCUGGAGAAUCACAUACCAAUGUGGUUGUCGGUGAAGAGAAAAGUGAUGAAAUGCCUGCUCAAGAAAGUGGUGCUAGUUCUGGAGAAUCACAUACCAAUGGGGUUGUCGAUGGAGAGAAAAAGGAUGAAAUCUAGACAACUACGCUUCAAAUGCUUGGGUGACCUUGCAUUCAUGUUAUAUAAGAAGAGAUUUACUUUUGCUUUUCCAAAUUGACUGAAGCGCUGCGCAAUGUGGAUGCUACGAAGCUAAAGUUGGCAUAUUUACCAUUGUUGCAACUGGGUGCUAGGUCUGUUGCUGCUAUUAUUUAUGUGCUGAAGGAAUUAUAUGUUAUUCACACUUUUUGUAGAUCACAGGUGUUAAUGUAUACUUGUCAAUUCUUUAAAUUUUUUUUUUUCUGAAUUAAGAACAUUUUUAUGUACUUGUUUUGCAUUUCUUGAAAAUUAAAAAAGCAUGCUUAUAUA